AUGGCGACGACGGCCACUCCGCCGUCUGUUCGUCAUGCACGGCAGGACUCUAAUGGGAGCAUCCCGCCUCUCCGGCCACAGGCCUCCUCGCCUACCCUGACCAACCCCGACAUGAUCUUGCCCGACUACGACGACCGCGAACCCCUCCCGCCGAGUCUGCUGCAACACCCAUCCCUUGGCUGGGGCAGCGUGCCGCUCAACCCCGACGACAUGUUUGACUUUGCCGACGUCGUCGACUCGUCGACCGCAUACCCUCAAAACACCCCCAUCAUCUACGGCAAUGGCACCAUGCUCUCCGACAUUGGCGAGGUCACCGAGGUCGAGAGCAAUGUCGGCGGCCCGACGCGCCAGCUCUCAGGCCGCUCUAAUCCCUCCCGCCGCUCCAACUAUUCCGACGACAACCUCGCUGCCAGGCGCUCGCCACCCUUCAUGCCUGCUCAGAAGCAAUUGCUCCGUCGCGCGCCUGGUGCCAAUCCCAAAGACAACCGCGCCUCAAUUGACUCGGCGCAUACCAUCCUAGCACAUCAUGAUGGCACCUUUGCCGAUUUAGAUGACUCGGUCAGCAUCGACGAUAGCAACUUUCAAGGCGACGACGAGGACAGCGUCGCUGAGUCCUACCUCGAAGGGCAUUUAAUGCCGCGCGAUGCGCUCGCGCCCAAGAGAUCCGACCUAUCAAUCAACGAAGAUCGGUACUCGACGUCCUCCAUUAGCCGAAGAGCCGAACAGAUUCUGGCCAAUGCCAAGCGCAGACUGACAACCAUGGAGGGCAAUCUCACGAGAGCGCGAACCUUUAGCUACUCCUCAGUCUCUGACGGCUCCACGCCGUCGCCGAUACGGACGCCAAAAUCGGCCGGAUUUAGAUCCCCGGUACACGCACGCGACGUUAGCGACAACAGCAUCGCACUGAACCAAGGCGCCAUGCUCCCAAGAUCCGCAAGCGCCUUGGGUGCUGCUGGGGGAUACCGUCAACCACUUCCGCUAUCUCGCAGCGCCGACGCCAUUGGCCGCACCCACCACGGCAUUUCUCAACAUCCUCUCGAUCUUGCAUUGGCGCCGCUAAACGAGGAUGACGGUGCUCAGGAUGAAGACAACUCAGACAGCACCCAAGUCACUGGAUAUGCAAGCCCAACAUUCAAUGGCUACAACGACGCAGGCAUAGCACGCUCUGCUUCAGCGGUCCAAAUGCGCGGCAUCCAGGACCAAAUGAAUGGUCUCAAGGGCAGAAUCUUUUCACUCAGAGAGCAGGCUGCCGCAGACAACAUGAAACGACGGAGCCUGCAAAGCUUGCGCGCCCCUAGCCUCUUUACUCACGCCAAAGGCGAGGAUGCGAACUCGGACUCAAAGUCGGCGCAUACCGAAGACGAGGGAUCGCCGGCUCUCGGCAGCCCUUUCCAGCCCGAGUUCUUCCAGGAGGCGGAAGAGGAGUCACCGGCCCCGCAUGACGAACAACGCACGCCGCCCUGGAAGAAAACAGAGCGAGAGCCCAUUGUCGCACGACAUAGCCCCAUGCAGAACCUCCACCAAGCAUAUUUGCAGGAUGAGAAUACGCCACCAAAGGGGAAAGCGGCCGCGGCCAAGGAAAAGUUCGAUGAGCUCGAGAAGUCUAGCUACGCCGACGAAGACGACGACCUUCAUACUGAAAAUGGAGAUGCCCAAGACGACCCCGAAAACGAUGCUGAAGAUGAACCCGAAGAAGAGCCUGCGGAGGAUCUGGAAGCCGACAAUGUUAGCGAAAGUGGCGACUCUUUAUACCACGAGACUUACCAGCAUCCCGUGUCUCACGAAGACCGAGAAGAUGCAUUUGAUUACGAACACUUCUUUCUACACUCGGCCAUGGGUCACCUCAGCAGACAGAGCUAUCGAAACCCAGACGAGGAUUCUGGAAGCGAAUGUUCGGAGGACUCUGUGGAAACCACAAGAGCUGCCCCCACGACGGCUUCCGGACGCCCCCGACGGCCAAGCCUGGACACCAUGACAUCAGUCGACAGUUUCGCGACGGCGCAGGAGGGUCGUGAGAGCCGUGCUUCCACUAUUGAUUCGGUAGAAGAUGGUUACGAGUCCCCAGUCAUUGGCAUUGGCCAAAUCCACCGUCAAACGGACAAACAUCUCGCGUUUGGUACACAGGAGAGCGGUAGCAGCAGCGAAGAUUCACGUUCCUCAAAGGAGAGAUAUGGCGUGCGCCAUGCAUUUCAAUUCCGACCAUCCGCCAUGUCAUACAGUGCCAUCGGCCCCCCUAAGCGUAUUGGCCUCCAUCGUCCGUCGGUAUCCUCUUUCGAAUCUACCGGUACAAACCGAAGCUUUCCUCUCAUUAGCAAGUCACGACUGAGCGACAGCACAACUCCGAGAGACUCCCCGGAACUUAUGAUGCGCGGAAUGCGUAGCCUACCACAGAGCCGACGAAGCAGCUUGAACGAUCACGUGCUAGCUAGAAUGUCCAAUGGGUCAUUUGCUGGUUCCGCGAACGGCUCCUUCAACGGGUCUGCAAAUGGAUCGUUUCAUGGGUCUAUGACUGGCCCAUCCAGCGGCUCCGCCAAUGGUUCUGCGAAGAGAAGCUCUGGUUCCACGAACGGCGGGGACAUCAAUGGAUCGCACAAUGGGACUCUACAUUCUCCUGCCAUGCCGCCUCUGAAGGAUGAGGACCAAUCAUCCAUUGACUUGUUGUUGGCGAGCAUUCAAAAAUGUGCCAUGGGAUUGCGCGACAUGACACCAUCGGGCAUCAAGAUGCACGAUGCCUAUCGACGGAGACUGGAAGCUGCCCGGCAAAUUCUUGAUGGCGCUCCAGAUUCCUUCUAA